AGGGGAAUGGGGCUAUGUGGAGGGGAAGCACGUGUCAGUGUCAGUGUGGGAUUUAUUCAAGGGAUUUAUUGGUAAUAUAGCCUUAGAUUUAUACCAGGCGUCGCGCAAGGGAUUAUUGCCGGUUGAUAUUGCGCUCUGUUUUGAAGAUGAAGACGAAAGGCGCAGAACAGGACGCACCAACUCAGCUAUCAUCAGUUAAGAAGAGCAAGAGAAGGAGAGGAAAGAAAAAGGCGCGGCCCACAGUCCCUGAGGGCGCCGAGGCACACGGUGAUGAAGAAAUACCGUCACAGCCCGGUGAUGUGACGGCACAGGUCGUUGACGUGACGUCACAGAGUGAUGGUUUCACGUCACAGUUCACUGAGAAGUCGCCAGAGACAUUUGCCUGUGAGGCCUGCGAUAUUCAGAUGAAGAACUCUGCCCAGUUGUCGGCACAUCUGAACAGUAAGCGGCACGCCCGGCGGCGGCGUGAGCUGCGCAUCCUGGCCGCGCUGGCUGACACGACCCAGGUCACUGAGGUCACCGACAAAGAGGCACUGGCCGCCCGGCUGGCCAAGGGCAACACUCGCCUGCAGCCGGUACCGCUGAAGGAGGGUGAACUGCCAGACUGCAUUACCAGGAGGUGUGAGGGCAAGGUGCGACAGAAGGUGUCGUACACCUGCGACCUGUGUACCGUCCAGCUGACCUCGCUCGUCAAAGUGCAGGAGCACCUGGUAUCCCAGCGACACACGGCCCUGCAGGAGGGCCGGCCCGAUCCGACCCUGGACGGCCAACACCCGGCCAGCAAGACCAGGAGGAAGGCCAGCGUCAAAAACUCGUGGUUCUGGUAGCCCAGAGCUGAGAGGGUGAGGCUGUGGCUGCCGGGGGAGGGGAGGGGAGAAGGGCUGAUUUGCUGGGAAAAGGAGCUGUCUAUGAAGUGUUCGCGCAUUGUCGAGAAAGAAUACAAGUUGUUUGUAA